AUGAAUUCCAACAACCCCUUCGCGGAGCAAUCCCAAUACACUGACGAAGAAUUCGAAGACAUCAUGACAUUCCUUAACGAAGAUCCCGCUGUAUCAUCAACCCCUAAUACCGCGCCAGAGACUUCACUGCCCCACGGCUCAGUUGGACAGAACGAGUUCGGACAGGACGUCUCCAGUGCACUUUCGAACGACCAAUACUGGCAACAUCCUCCGCCUGAGACCCUUACAAAUAACAGCGGCUACUACAGCCAAGAACAGACGGACACGUCCGGGAGCGUCCAACCUGGACAUUUCGUCCCUGGUAUUUACUCGCCUGGAGGAUACGAGCAAGUACGACUGCAGUACCAGCACCGAACAGAACCUACUGUGGCCCGCGACUCACCCAGCAGCUUGGACAACGAGGCUUCAUAUUCCCCGGCUGCGGCUAACCCAAGUUAUAACACUGGAACAACUCGCGCCUGGAACAAUCAACUCAACAUGUACACUUCUGGCGAGAGCGUACCCGGACAGUCGGCCCAUGACUGGAACCUGCAAGGAGGUCACAAUCACGGAGACACUGGCCGCCGGUAUCAGCCAGAGAACAACGUAGCCUUCGUAGCGACCGGUGAUCCACCUGCGCCCCAGCUGUCCGAGAAUAAGGACGCUGGAACUGGCGAGCAAGCUGCUGAAGGCGCUGACAGCGCGGGCGCUGUUAAAUCCACCACACCCAAGCACAUUCUUGAAAAAGAGAAGCAAGCCCGGGCCGCGAUCAGGAAGUUGAAGGCCAAGACCAGUAUGGAUGGGCAGAUGGGCGAGUCUAUCACUAUGGUUCGUACCAACACUGGAGUUGAGUUCAGCGGUACGAUGUGGAAGGCGCCUGCCAAUGAUGUGACCAUUCCUACAACAGAAGAUGACAUCAAGGCCUGCGUCAAUGCUCUUGACCUGGCAAUGCACAACGUCGAAAACAUCCGGGAGAAGGCCGAUGUCAAGUCAUCUAACAAUCGGUGGAACUCUGAGUCGAAGUACUAUUUCCCGGAAGAGUACAAUGCAGCUGCUGGCCUGCUUGUGAAAGAGCUUAUCAAAAUCCACACCGACGGUUGGACCAAGCAGAUCUUCGACCAGAACGAGCGUGAGCAAUGUCAGCUUACCCAGUUCUACACCUUUGAAGAUCGAUUUGAAGGUCUUCGGGAACUGCUUCACUACUCCAAGACGUCUUGUCAGGACAUCAUGAAGGGUUCCCGUUUCUACACGAUCAUCGCGAAUCCACGUAACUUGAUCCACCGCACGGCCACCAACAAGACUGCCAACGUCAACAAAGGCCAGCAGAUUCGGGCAGGUAAGGUGGCAAUAAAGAAAGAAAGCAGCAAGGCAGCUUCUUCCAGCGCGACACCUUCUUCCAGCGGCGAAGACAAGAACAACAAGGCAACACAGCAGGAUGGCGAGGAGGGCUCCAACAGCGAAGAAUCCACAAAGGUCAAGAAGGCUUCAAGGGGCAAGAAGCGCGUUCGCGAAGAGACCUUCGUUGCAGAGGAUCCAGCUGGCCAAGCACCUCGCAAGAAAGCGCCUGUGAAGAAGCGUCGCAGCGAGUGA